AAAACAGCGGCAGCCGAACAAAACGAUUGAGAGACAGAGAGAAACACACACAGAGGAGCGAGAUAGAGAGAGCGCAUGCGCGGGGACGAGGCAGGUAUGGAGAAAAAUGGGGGGCCAGAAACGUGCGCGCGCUUCAGGAAAGAGGCGGGGAAGCGGGAGCGCGCGCGGGGUCUGUGGAGGAGAGAAUAAGGGCGGCCAACGGUCCUGAGGCGCCUCUUGUCUCCUCCAAGCGCUCCCCGCCAUCCCUUCGCCGCCCUCUGCCACAGAAAGCCCGGCUCUGCUCCUCCUUCCUCGGCCAUUGGGGUCUUUUAUCCAAAAUGGAGCAGUUUAUUGACAGAGGUGGUUCCAUAUACACCCUUCUUUGUGUCAACAUAACCAUUCCAUUUGUAGAUGAGAACUGAACUUCAGACCAGUCAAAAAGAUUUUGUCAAGACUCUUCAGGGGUUCCAUGAAGAUGGUUGUUCCUGGGAGUGCCCCUAUAAUCCAGCCAGAUCACAGUCUUGGAAAUGAACUGGGCCGAGUUUCGACUGAGAACUCUGUGAUGGGUCCAGAUGUAGAACCAGUGGCUGACCAGGUGGGCCCUGAGCUGGAAGAGGUCCGGAAACUGCAAGAACUCGUAAGGAGGCUCGAGCUCCAGAAUCAGCAGUUGAGAACUAGAAGUCUCCGAAGUUUGCCAGAGGCGAAUGUGCUGAGCCAAGCUGGCGCUGGAGUGGAUAAUUGCAAUUCCAGGCUCAAUGGGAUGGAAAUUAAUAAUGGCAUCAACACACUGAUGGAUAAGCAGGAACUACAGAUAGUGGCAGACCUGCAUUCAGCACUAAGUAAAAUGAGGUCAGAAGCAGAAGUGUGUGGUGAGUUCUUGAAAAAUGACGUAGAUGCAGUGGUGCAGCAUAACUCUGCCAGUGGUUCUGAGAGAGAACCUUCCAAGACUGACUUUGCAAGCAAUGUGGAAAUGCAGUCUAGUGAUGCUGACACAAAUGACUUUUCCAAUUGGGAUUGUGACAGCACAGUGCUGGUAGAGGGCUUCGCCACUGAAGGUGUUGAGCCAGUUUCGAGAAUGAGUGAAGGGAGUGCAAAUGUAGACAACCUCUUGAAGAAGACAACUCUGGAUGAAGUGGAAGUAUUAGAACUUGAGAGUGGUAGUGUUGAAGAUGAUAGCUGGCUGUAUGUCUCUCCAAGAAAGCCAUCAACCAGUGAAAAGGAAUCGCCUCUGAAAUGGUGUAGGCAGGUGUUGGACAAUCCCAGUCCAGAGACAGAGGCAGCUUGCCGUACCCUGAUCGGCAGACUUGACCAAGCCAGUAGGUGGAAAUCCCUGUAUUGCAGUCCACUGGCCUCUCCAAGUGUGCAUAACUUGAAUACAGACACAGGGUCCUGUAGCAGUGCACUAAACUCUCCUGGGCACUACAAAUCAACUAACAAAUCGCUACUAACUUGUGGCAGCUCAGGUUACUUGGGCAUGCAUUCAGCACUGAGCUCUCAGUCUUCCGUUGACAGUGAACUCAGCACCUCAGAUGACUCCAUCUCAAUGGGCUACAAACUACAAGACUUGACCGAUGUGCAGGUUAUGGCCCGCUUACAGGAAGAAAGUCUUCGUCAGGAUUGUGCCUCCAGCUCAGCCUCCGUUUCCCGCCGCAGUUCCAGUGCCUCUUUGCAUUCCUUGCGCAGAGGCACUUACAGUGACCAGGAUUUUGACACGUACAGUUUGGAAGAUGAGGAUGACGACUGCUCCUUUUCCUAUCACAGCAAUCACAGAUACUCACCAUCCCCACUCAGCUCACCACGGUGCCAGUCCCCAUCCACAAACACAGACUAUGGCAGAGCAACGGGCUCCCAAAUCCGUCCUCCUCGGAGAACAUUACAGAGUCCUAUGCAAGAUAGGCUGAAAUAUUCUGGGAAUGAAGAGGAGUUGCGGUACAGCAUGCCUAAUUUGGCCAGAACAGGUCUGCGCUCUUUGGAAUCAGUAAGGAAUAGUCGCAGCUUGGAGUCAGAUCUGCAGGUUCCCAGUAGACUCUCUAGAAUGCAGCAGCCAUCUGCCAGUUUGGCCCCAAGUAAGCUCCGCUUUUCCUCCAGUACUGGGCAGUCCCACUUAACAGUAAGACAACCAAUGAAAGCAGCUUCUUGUGCCAACUCUCUCCUAACACCACGGCAGCCAGUUAGAGCACCUGGGUAUGCCAGUCCUGCUGGGAGAGUCCGAAAAUUACCCUCUUCUACACUUAAUCCAAGUGGUAGUUCCAUGGCCAGAAACAAUAGUAUGGCGGGAGGAGCAAAACAUUCCCUGCCUAAAGGUAGAAUAUCAAUUGGGGGACCAUCUUCUCUGAAGAGCAAGUUGACCCAGCCAGCCAAGAGAUUUCCAAAGGCGAGUGUUGUUUCUGUUGAUGACUCUUGGAAAGAUGGGUGUUACUGAGCCAGCCGGAAGACGCUGCUAAAUAGCAAACUGUUGGUAGGUUGAUAGUUGGAAAAGAGCCCAGCUGGCUGGGCUGGAGAUUUUAAAAACUCCACUCCUGUAUCACCACCACAUCCGGCCAAGGACAAUCCUUUUCUGAACUGGGACCAUCUCUUGCUGUUGCUUAUCUUGAUGGACUUUUGUUCCUGCUGCUCUUGCCAUGAGCCCGGGUGACAUCUUUUAUACUUGCUAUACAGGUCACUGUCUGCCUAAUGUCCACACCUAAAUAUAUGAUGCUCACAAGAAAGGGGGAAAGGCAUGGGAGAGAGUUCCUGCGGUGCUGAAAAAUCGGGUCAUUGGCUGUUUUGUUUUCAAAAGAGUUUGGAGAAGCAAACAAUUAAAAAUGACUCGUUCCAAUGUCACCUGGAACACCUAGCUUUUCUAGGAUACUCAGAGGAUUUUUAUUUGUUCUGAAAAGGUGUAUAGUUUUUUUUAACCGUAAAAAGAAAAUGAUUUAUAACUAUUAGUACACUUGAAAUUUGUCACCUGUUACAGAAUAUCUUCAGCUUAUAAGCAGCAUCACCAACUUCUCUAAGACUCUGGUAUGUAGAGCUGCAGUGAAGUCACAUUGUACCCAUUUGCUUGGUCUUGGGGCAGGGGUGGGGACAUUUUUGGUAUGGGUAGUGAUAUCACUUCUGGAAUUGUACAUAACAAUUUUUCUCUUCCUAAACUUCUCCACUUGAUGGUAGAUGCUAAAAUCCUGGUUUUGGCUUUUGUACCAGUCUUUUCUAAUGUCCUCUUUCAAUGAAGGAACCUCAUUUUUAAAUUAAAUCUGCUGCUGCUGGAGCUUGCUAAAUGCAAGAGCAUAGUCAUACCUUGGAAUACAAACUGGCCUUGCCAGCCCUACUUCUUGUUAACCAAUGUGACUUGAUAUUGUAGUUAAUAAAUUUGAAGGGGCUAAUAAUA